AUGACCAUCUCCCACACCGGCCUCAAAGUCCCCGCGGCCCAGCACACCGCCAUCGUCGCCUGGUACGAAGCCGCCCUCGCCCCGCUCGGCUACACCAGGGCCAUGGACUUCCAGGACGGCCUGGUCGUCGGUUUCGCCGACGCUUCCGGCGCCAUCGACUGGUGGGUCACCUCGUCGGCGGCCGCGUCGUUCGGUGCCCCUGCUGCUGAGGGCGCGGCCGUGGAUGGGGCGGGGAUCUUGCCGACGCAUACUGCGUUUGCGGCGAAGGAUCGGGCGGGAGUUGAGGCUUUCCAUCAGGCGGCGGUUGCUGCCGGGGGGAAGUGCAAUGGUGUGCCGGGUGUGAGGGCGCAUUACGGACCGACCUAUUUUGCUACGUUUGUGCUGGAUCCGGUCGGGAACAACAUCGAGGCUCUUUGCUUUGCUGCGGCGUAA